UCUCCGCCCACGGCUGGUCCCUGGUGGGAAGGGGUGGACGGCUCGAGGGUGAGAUUUGCGCUGCUUCCAGGGGAUUUCCCAGAGUUCCACCCACUUCCAUAGAAUGUCAUCCCCGGAGGGAAGGACAGAUGAGGAGACGGAGGCCCCCGUGGGCCCUGGACCAGCAGUGAGACAAAGCUAGUUGGGGUCUUCUGACUCCAGGACCAACAGCCGAGUGGCCGAAGAUGGUGGACUACCUGGCGAACACGGAGAUCAACAGCCAGCGCAUCGCCGCGGUGGAGAGCUGCUUCGGGGCGUCGGGGCAGCCGCUGGCGCUGCCGGGGCGGGUGCUGCUGGGCGAGGGCGUGCUGACCAAGGAGUGCCGCAAGAAGGCCAAACCGCGCAUCUUCUUCCUAUUCAACGACAUCCUGGUGUACGGCAGCAUCGUGCUCAACAAGCGCAAGUACCGCAGCCAGCACAUCAUUCCGCUGGAGGAGGUGACGCUGGAGCCGCUGCCCGAGACCCUGCAGGCCAAGAACCGCUGGAUGAUCAAGACGGCCAAGAAGUCCUUCGUGGUGUCAGCCGCCUCCGCGACCGAGCGCCAGGAGUGGAUCAGCCACAUUGAGGAGUGCGUGCGGCGGCAGCUGCUGGCCACGGGCCUGCAGCCCAGCACGGAGCACGCGGCGCCCUGGAUCCCCCGACAAGGCCACCGCUUCCUGCUGCCGCGCCUCUCGCCCAAGCCCCUGCGCGUCUGCAGCCUCUGCUUCCGUGAGCUGGCCGCCCAGAAGCGGAAGGAGGAGGAGGAGGAGGAGCAGGGCUCCCGGCCCCCCGGGCAGCCAGCCUACCUGGCCGGGGCCGUCUGCGGGGCGUCCAGCGGAGAAGAUGACGACUCGGACGAGGACAAGGAGGGCAGUGGGGACGGAGACUGGCCCAGCCGCGUGGAGUUCUACGCCUCCGGCGUCUCCUGGUCAUCCUUCCACAGCUGACGCCGGGUCUGCAGGCCUGAGGGAGGGCUCCCCUAUGCAUUUUGGCAUCUAAGCAGAUGCCACUGCCCAGGCCCCUACGAGGGCAGAGUUCCCGAAGCCACUUAGUGCCCUUAAGACUACUCCACAACACCCAACCCAUGGGUGGCGGGCACAGAGGGAGUGGCUCCUUUUCCCUGAACCCUCAGUGCCUUUGUUUGGACAUGGGCUUCCUUCUAGUUCUACUCCAGGUAAUUUUUCAUUUAGCAAACCACAAACACUUAGGCCUCUCGGGAACAAACACCAUUUCUCAGCCCUUAUGAGCCUUAGCUCCAGACCACCCCAGGCACCUUUAGGGAACAGAGAGAAGAUAGGACUGGAGUGAGGUCCCCUCCUCUCUGAAGCCUUGAACCACAGCACCUGGCCCUGCCCCCCUGCAGGGAAGACUGUGGGUCCUGAGAGACCUCGGGGAAACCAGCGCCUGCCUGCCCUCCUUUCAGGUCAGGUAUGUGGGCCCGCUCAGAGCCAGGCAAGAGGCUGCCAUGCUGUGGGUGCCUGUGAGGCCCAGGGACUGCAGCCUGAGCUCCCCACAGUCCAGGGCAGCCUGCCAAGGCCACUGGCCCCAUCUCCCAUCUCUCCAGGUGUCUAAGGCCUCUCAGUCCUGUCCUCAUCCCUCCCUGUGCUGGGGAAAGCAGUAUCUUUCCACUGGGACUCUUAAUUGCAAGUGACAGAAACCCUACCCAGACUGACUUAAUAAUAAAAAGAAAGUUUAUUGUCUCGUGUGGUUGAAAA